CUAAAUCCAUUAAUAAUAACCCGUCUAGUUUUGAUGAUUUGUUAUGGCUCUAAGUCAAUGAGAAAACUUGUCCCAAAGUCUCUAGGUUAAUUAAGGUUUUCAGAAUCUUAAUCCAAGUGAGUUUGAUUGAAGUCGAAACGUUGAUCAUAAAACAAAAACCAGAAAACUCAUGGCAAGCAUUUUGGCAUCUUAUGAACAGAAGACUGAAUUGAUCGAUUUUUGAACUUUACUAGCCUAAAUAAUGCAUAAAACCAAAUCAGAGGUUUGAUUGAGAGAAGAGCCAAAUGCGGAAAGCGUUCACAGAUCCUUCAAUCCUUCAACAAUUUUAAAGCUGAAAGAGUUGAAACAAUACAACUUGUUGUAACUUUGAUGAAAUGGUGAUUGGUUCGGAACUUUAAAGAGAGACGUCGCUAUGGAGAGCUAAAGAAGCCAUUUUUCUUUCCAUAGCUUUCUUAUUUGCGCCCAAUUUUGCUUCAGCAACAUUCAUUGUUUCAAUAUUUUCUCUUGUUUUGUGUAAAAACUAAAAUGUUUAUUCAAAUUUUCGUUAUUUUCGCCGCUGUUUUGGGCAUUAACUGUGUCACAGCUCCAUUCACACAAUGUGAAGGUCGAAGCUCGCUAUCAACCAAAACUUCAGUUGAUAUUGUUCCCUGUACCCUUUCAUCCACCAACUCUUCAUGCAUAUUCACACGAGGAGAAAAUGCAAACUUCACCAUCUAUUUCACUCCACUUGUAAAUCUAUCAACUCCUAUUGAAAGAGUGAUUGUGGCCAAGUUUGUCAAAAAGUUAAAAGACAAGUACGUUGAGGUACCUUAUGGUGGUGGAGUCAGUGCAGAUGAUAGGACUUUCUUGGUUGAUGAAAAUGGGGCUCACCAGUCAAUUCAGGGUAAUGGUAUAUUGUCUGGAAACCGAUAUUUUUUCAACAACAUUUUCAAUAUACUUAACUCAUCGCCAAAAACAACAUUGUGGGUUCGCUAUUUGAUCCGUGAAGCUAAACCAUGCAAGAAGAGUAAAUGCAACUGGCUACUUCAUCCUGGACAGUUGUUGGUUUGUGUCGAGAUCCCGAUUACAAUCGAGUAAUGGCACAAUUGCUAAUUGCUAACUCAAAUGAACGCAAACUAUCGACAGAAAAAAGGAAUGAAAAACACAUGGAUUGAUGCGACUGGGACAAUCUCAUUUCAAACAAAAUCUUUUCAUCAAAAAAUUCAUAGCGACAGUGGCUUACAAAACUUUACAUUUGAAAUCAUGUAACAGCAAUGUAUUAAGAUCGCCAAGACUAAACAAUUAAUAAAAUUAAAUUGACAGCACAAAAACAUGUUUUCUUAGU